AUGAAUUGUCAUAGAAUCAAUAGUAUUAAACAGAAGAGUAAACUUUGUUCAGUUAAGAAAACUAUGGUGCUACCAAGUAAAAGAAGGCGUAAGAGAAAACCAACGACAACGAAUCGUUUACCAAGUUUAUAUAGUGAAAUCUUACUCAAAUCUGAAUCUGACUAUAAAUCAGAACUAAAACGACGUUUUGAUCGUAUCGAUUAUGAAAAUCAAAAUGAUGUUCGACGACGUUUGAACAACGAUCAUGUCUUCCAACAUGAUUUAUUAAUGAAAAGACAACAAUGGCUUACGGCAGAUAAAUCUUAUCGAGAGACAUGCCGAAAUAUGUGGUACAGAAAAGAUCUUAAAACUAUAGAAGAUCGAUUUGAUGCAACAAAUUUAUCAUCAAAAUUUGAUCAACAAUUAAAUCUAAAUAAUUCAUCAUCAAAAAUAUCCUUUUUACCAAAGAUUAACAAUCAUUUUGAACAAUAUCCUGAUGAAAAUUUGGCUGUUACUGAAGAAGAUAAUGAAAAAAUGACUUUUGCAAUGAAUAACGAACUUAUAAAACGUAAUUUUCUUGAGAAACAACCAGUAAUGUUAGAAAUUCAUUUUGCUCCUCAUUCAUCCAAAAGUCUACGAAACAGACAAAAUAUAGAAAUGAGAAAACAAAGUGCACAACGAAAACAAACUGAUAUUCAACGUGGAGCAUUAAUGGAUCCACGUUUUAGAAAACUUCUGAAUACAUUGGAAGGAGUCAAACUCCCUGCCAUAUGUACUGUAGAAUCUUAA